CAAUGUCUUAUAACUUUGGGCAGGGUUUCAACACCACUCUAAAAUUUGUGGGGUUUCUGUGCUUCAUGAAUCUGAUUUUGCAGGUUAAUUCCAACCCUACUGCAGCUCCUAUGAAGCUGCCUAAUACAGAUUUUGCAGCCAAUGAUCAUUACUUGUUGCCCAAAGAUAGAGCUCCGCUUCCACCUGGCGGCCCCAAUCCAUGUAUCCCAGGAGUCGGGGGUAAAAGAUCAUGGCCCGAGUUGGUCGGCGAAAUUGGGGAAGCUGCAGCCGUAAAGAUAGAGCGAGAGAACCCUAAUGUUCGAGCAAUCAUUGUAGCGGAAAGCACUCCAAGUCCAACAAAGGACCGCAAGUGUGACAAAGUUUGGGUCUGGAUCGAUACAAACGGAGUCGUGACAAGGGUCCCUGGUGUACGCAACUAA